UUCAUUUAUUAGUUGGUGAUCUGAGACAAGCAGAGAUGGGCAAAGUCGCACGCCGUGAGCUGUCGGACAGCCGCCGCGGACCGGGUCGCGCGAGCAAGAAGCAAGCCGAUCCCACUCCGCUGUUCAGUGGUAGCACUAGCACUAGCAGUGGUGGCAGUGGCAAAAAGGCGCAGUCGCAGCAGCAUGGCAAGCAGAGCAAUGGAAAGCAGCAGCUCAAUGCAAAGCAAACCAAGCCAGCCAUCGCAACCGCCACCAAGCAGCAGAAACAGCAGCAGCAGCAGCAGCAACAGCAACAGAAGCAGGUGAUGAAUGGCAAGCAUGGAUCCAAGCGACAGGAGCAAGCGUCCGACGAUGAUGAAGAGGACCUCGAAGACGAAGAGGACGAGGACGAGGACAGCGAGCAAGCCAUGUGGGACGAUGAUGAUCAUGAUGAUGACAUGGACGACGACGAGGAUCAAGAUGAUGAUGAUGAUGAUCACGAAGAUCAAGAUGAUGAUCAAGAAGAUGACAGGAUGGACGACGACGACGAGGACGAGGACGACCAGGACAAGGUCAAUGCUACACAUGGCAAACACGCCGCAGUCCAGGCCAAGGGUCGCGCUGCACCCGCCAUCGCACCCGCUGCCGCAAAGACCUCCAAGGUGGCAUCUGCCAAGACCACGCCCGUCGCCGCAGCUGCUACGGCCGCCAAGAAGGGCAAUGCAGUCGCAAAGAGGGGCUUGCUUGACGACGACGAGGACGACGACGACGAUCAAGCGCCAGCCAUCAAGGGCAAGGCGUUCUCAGACUCGAACAAGUCAUGGCUCAAGCCCAAGAAGGGCGCUGCUGCUGCCGCUGCAUCAGACGAGGAUGACGAGGAAGAAGGCUCGGACGACGACGAAGAAGGCGACGAAUUUGACGACGACGACGACGACGAGUUUGACGGCCAGCCCAUCAAGCUCGGCAUGCGCGGCCGCAGCGCAGACUCGGACGACUCGGACGACGAGCAAGACGACGAGGACGAGGGUGACGACGCGGCGCCCCUCGGUGACAACGACGACGAGGAAGAUGACGGCCUGCAGACCAACAUCUCAGGUCGCGACACGUUCACGCUGCCCAGCGGCCAGGAGAUUGAGAAGGAGUCUCUGCUGCCCCCAGACCGUGUUCUCUUGCAGCAGCGCAUCAAGGACAACAUUAUGGUUUUGGCCGACUUUGCCAAGCUCCGCGAUCCCGAGCGAUCGCGAUCCGAGUACAUGGAGGUGCUCACCCGCGACCUGACGCUGUACUACGGCUACUCUGACUAUCUGAUGGGCAAGCUGCUCGAGCUGUUCCCUCUUGGCGAGAUUGUCGAAUUCCUCGAGGCAAACGAAUCGCCACGCCCCAUCUCCAUCCGCACAAACACGCUCAAGACGCGAAGGCGCGACUUGGCUCAAGCGCUGAUCAACCGCGGCGUCAACCUCGACCCCAUCGGCAAGUGGUCCAAGGUCGGUCUGGUCAUUUUCGACUCGCCUGUCCCGAUUGGCGCCACGCCCGAGUACUUGGCGGGCCACUACAUGAUCCAGAGCGCCUCGUCCUUCCUUCCGGUCAUGGCGAUGGCUCCGCAAGAGCACGAGCGUAUCUUGACCAUGUGCGCCGCACCCGGUGGCAAGACUGCUUACUGCGCCGCCCUCAUGAAGAAUACCGGUGUCAUUUUCGCCAAUGACGCCAGCAAGGACCGGUUGCGGGCACUGGUCGCCAAUACCCAUCGCAUGGGCAUCACCAACACGAUCGUUUGCAACUACGACGGCCGCGCCUUCCCCAAGGUGAUGGGUAACUUUGACCGCGUUCUUCUGGACGCCCCGUGCUCGGGCACUGGUGUCAUUGCCAAGGAUCAGUCUGUCAAGACCAACAAGUCGGACGAUGACAUUAUGCGCUGCAGCACACUGCAAAAGGAGCUCAUUCUGGCCGCGAUCGACUCUGUCGACGCCAACAGCAAGACUGGCGGCUACAUUGUUUACUCGACCUGCUCCAUCACCGUCGAGGAGAACGAGUGGGUUAUCGACUAUGCUCUGCGCAAGCGCAACGUCAAGCUGGUCGAGACCGGGCUGGACUUUGGUCAGCCUGGCUUCAAGAGCUUCCGCGAGCGCCGCUUCCAUCCGACCGUCAGCCUCUCGCGCCGCUUCUACCCACACGUGCACAACAUGGACGGUUUCUUUGUGGCCAAGUUCAAGAAGAUUAGCAACGCCAUUCCCCGUGCGCAGGGCGAGGACGGCGAAGACGGCCAAGCAGGCAGUGACGACGAUGACGAGGAGGACGGGAGCAAGGCCGACCGCAAAAAGCACAAAAAGCAUGGCAGCGGCAAGCAGUCGGCAGACUCGAGCAGUGACAAGCACGGUCGGUCAAGUGUUGCCGCGCAAGCCAGCGGCGAACAGAUGGUGGUGGAUGCGCAAGCAAGCGCCAAGCCAGUGCGCAGCAAGAACAAGGACGCCCCGAAACAAAAGCAGCAGCAGGAGGAGAGCAAUCAAGCAGCCAAGGCCUCCGUCAAGCCCUCGACAAAGGCAAAGGAGGCGAAAUCUCAGUCUGUCGACGAACCCGCCAAGCCUGUGCGAGGUGCGAAGCGUUCGGCAGAAGCAGAUGCCCCGGUCGCUGCGCCAGCAGCAGUGGAACCAGCGUCUAGCAAAAAGAAGGCGCGCGUCGAGCCAGAAGAGACCCCCGCUGUCAAGCCGUCUGCUGCUGCUGCCGCUGUUGUCAAGAGCGGCAAGUCUUCAAAAGCGACCAAGUCUGCCAAGGCAUAGCUCGAGUGGUGUUGAUGGAGAGCGAGCAAAGGAGCGCCCACAAGUUCAUAUUCUUAAAAAUACAAUGGUUUUACAUUCA